GUCAGUGACAAAUGCUCCUUCCAACAGCUUCUGCUUUUCGCUGAGCGUGAGGGACUGGGACCUCCACUGUGUGCACGCUUGACUGUGAGACAGAGGGUGGGGAGAGAGCCAGGGCCUCGGAGGCCGCAGAGUCCACCCUCCGCCCCAGAACUGUGAACUUGGGCACACACUACAUCUGGCAGCACCUUGGUGUCCUUUAAGAGUGAGGAGCAGCCACCAUGCAGCUCUGCCUCCUUCUGUGCCUGAUGCUCUUCAGCUCGCCGGGUGCCAGCCUGCACCGCCACCGCCCCCGGGAGAUGAAGAAGAGAGUCAAGGAGCCGCCUGUGGCCAGCACAGUGGCCCCCGCCAGCAGGGACUUCGCCUUCGACCUCUACAGGGCCUUGGCUACGGCUGCCCCCGAUCAGAAUAUCUUCUUCUCCCCUCUGAGCAUCUCCACGACCCUGGCCAUGCUGUCCCUGGGGGCUGGAUCAUCCACAAAGGUGCAGAUCCUAGAAGGCCUGGGCCUCCGUCCCCAGGAGGUCUUGGAGGAGGCGCUGCACCGCAGGAUCCACCAGUUGCUGCGGGACUUCGCCCAGCCCAGGGAGGACAUCCAGCUGAGCCUCGGCAAUGCCCUGUUCAUCAGCCCCACCGUGCGCCUCCAGGACACCUUCCUCCGGGCCGUGAAGACGCUAUACCUGGCAGACACUUUCCCCACCAACUUUGGGGACCCUGCGGGGGCCCAGAAGCAGAUCAACGAUUACGUGGCAAAGCAAACCAAAGGCAAGAUCAUGGACUUGGCUAAGGACCUGGAUAGCACUGAGGCCAUGGUGAUGGUGAAUUACAUUUUCUUUAAAGCUAAGUGGGAGACAGGCUUUAACCACAAAAGCACCCGCAAGCAGGACUUCCAUGUGACCUCGGAGACGGUGGUUCAGGUGCCCAUGAUGAAACAGGAAGACCAUUAUUACUACUACGUGGACCGGAACCUCUCCUGCAGGGUGGUGGGUGUCCCCUACCAAGGGAACGCCACCGCUCUGUUCGUUCUCCCCAGUGAGGGUCAGAUGGGACAGCUGGAGAAUGGAAUGAGUGAGAAAACACUGAAGAAGUGGCUCAAGAUGUUCACAAAGAGGCAGCUUGAGCUCUAUCUUCCCAAGUUCUCCAUUGAGGGCUCCUACCAGCUGGACAAAGUUCUCCCUACGCUGGGCAUCAAUGACGUCUUUACCUCCCACGCUGACCUGACUGGCAUGACCAACGACACUAAUAUCCAGGUGUCUGAGAUGGUGCACAAGGCUAUGGUGGAGGUGGACGAGUCGGGGACUCAAGCGGCUGCAGCCACAGAAGCAAUCUUCAUGUUCAAGUCGGCCCCAAUGAGGCCUCACAAGAUCAUGUUCAACAGGCCCUUUAUGAUGCUCAUUGUGGAGAAUGCCACGAACAUCCUCUUCCUUGGCAAAGUGACCCAUCCCUGAGGUGGGUGUUUCUCCUGAAAGGUCACAAGCCUCCAUAGUGGAAGUCCCUACUGGGAGCUGAUGAUUGACACAGGUUUCGUUGACUAAUGGAGCAUUUACAAGUAAUAAUAAUCAUAGUAUUGAUAUAUUAACGAUGGCUUCUUUUCACACAACUGCAAGACGUGGCCACCUUGAGGAACCUUCGAGAGCAUUUGGACUGGCCCUCACUCUUCAUCAGUGGAGUCUAGCACCGAGGCCCAGAGAGGUUGGUUGACUUGCCCAAGGACACACAGCAUGUUAACAGUAGAGAGAGGCCCAGAAUCCAGGCCUCUGAUGCCCAGCCCAGUGCCACCGAGCUCUGUAGGAGGAUUGUUCUGGCAGGCAUUUCUACCAAAAAAUGUAGUUCUAAGCUGAGGCCUUCUCUUGCCAGCAAUACCAGCCAUCCAUUCAUCGUGGUUUGGAAAAAAAACAAGUAAUGGGGCUUCUGUCCCAGCUAACCAGCUGUGGGGCAUUGGGGUGAUCCUAUUCCUCUCUGGACCUCAAUUUCCCCCAUGCAUCCAAGGAAGGAUCAGGUGAAAGGUUGAAGGUUCCUUGACAUCAUAUAAAGAGGCUGGGGUGUUCCCUGCCCAUCACCGUAGAUUUUAACACAUUCCAGUGCUCCUUGUCCUAGAAGAAAAGCAAGUGGGCACCAGGGUGGAAAGGGCCCAUCACAGCAUCGAACUAACCUGAGGCUUCAUUACGACCUCCUGGCGUGGCUGGGGGCAGGAGAAUAGAGACCUGUUGCAAACACUAGAGUAUCAGUUGAAGACAUUGAUGACUAACCACGAAUUUUAGCAUCAACAAGAGUAAUAAAGCAUUUUGCA